UGUUCAAUAGAUAGAUAGAACAAAAGUUCUGUCGUAGCAGUUUGAUGUUAUCUACUUGCUUACAACUUUAAUGUACUGUAGGAAAUCAUAACUAAGAAGAAUGUGGAGAAAUAUAGGAGUACUACUUAUAAGAGACUAAGGAUAAACUUUUUUAAUGAUCCUUACCAUUUUAGGUAAUUAGGUGGCUUCUUCGUUUACUGUUUCUUAAGCCGAGGGUCUAUUGUAAACAGCCUCUCUACCUUCACAAGGUAGGGCUAAGGUUUGCUUACACACUACCUCCCCAAACCCCACUUGUGGGAUUGCAUUGGGUUUUUUGUUGUUGUUGUUGUUGUUGUUGUUGUUGUUGUUGUAAGUGGCUUUGUAGUUCUUGCUCUAAUUCUUUGUUUUACAUCUUGAAUCUUCUUGGUGGUUAUUUAGCUUUCCGAUAUUUUCUUAAAGAGCACACAGCUAACAGACUGUCGCACUUUGUCCUUGUUAAGUAUUCAAUUGCAACAGCGCUUUAGUUAUCUGUGAGGAGAAAGUGAGAAGAUGGUCUAAAGGAAAGAAAGGAACUGAACAAUUGUGAAACAUUUUACCAGGCCAUGAAGGUUUGAUAAAAGCCUUCUCUAUGGGAAGUGCUGAUGAAUGGAAAUUGAAGAAUUAGCUGCACGUACUACUGAUAUUAUCAAUCCACAAGCAAUGGAAACCUUAGUAAUCGAAAGUCUCUCAAGUGAAGCUAAGGAGAUGGAAGAGAUGAGGAGUUCCAUGGAAAUCUUGAAUAGAGUAGAUUUGGACCUCGCGUAUUCUGAUGAGAAAUUGACGAAUCUUGACAAUCUUUUGAUGCAUAUCUUGACCUGGGAAAAUGAAGUUGAAACAAUUUCUUUCGAGAAUGAUGACAUUUCUCCCGACUCAAUUGAGAAAAUACUGGUGUUGGAUCACUUAUCUUCCAUUUUGAGCUCCGAGAUAAGACAACUGGACAAUUUCAUAGGCACUCUUCAAGACCUAAUCACUGGUGCGAGGCAAAAGAUAACGUGCAGAGAAUUGAGUGAUUUGGAUAUGAUAAUGGAGAACAAAUUUCAUGAUACUGAGGAGUUAUUGAGACAAUCAAAGGAGCGUAUCCUAGAAAUGAAGAUGCAGAUUGCCAAGUCGCAGUUGACCUCAUUAGCUUUCGACCAAAAUGAAUGGAGACAAAGGAUGAGUUUGGAUUUAUCAGAAACUAAUAAUGUUUCAGCAAGAGAAUUGAAGCCGCACGUGCAGACAGUUGAGCAAAGACGUACAUUAAGAAUGCUGGAGAAAUCCCUUGAAAGAGAGUUGGAUCUUGAGAAGAAGUUGACUGUGCUUAAACAAAACGAAGAUGAUCUAAAGUUGAAGCUGCGAUUAACAGAACAAGUAGCUCUGUGUAUGGAAGAGGGUGCAGAGGUUAUAUGGGGCAGGUUUUUAGAGUCGGAAAAUGCAGCGGAGGUACUUAUGGGAAUUUCCAGAGAGAUGGUGAGCCGACUACAGAUUGUUAACUUCAAUUUGAAUGGUUCACUUCAACGAGAGCGCGAUUUUAAACUGAAGAUUGAUAAUUGCAUAGGACAGGUAAAUGCCAAAGAUAUUACCAUCGAAAACCUUAAUAGCAGCAUUAAACAACUUACUGCUGAAAAUGCUGAAGUAUCCUCUUUAAGGGACAGGCUGAAGAUUUUAGAAGAUAAGUUGAAAGAAUCCGAGUCUAAGUUGUUGAAAGCAAAUGAACUGAAUGAAGUAAGUGAAGAGCGGCUUAAAGAACUGGAAUGUGUCGUAGAAUCUCAGAAAGAAGACAUCGAUAUUGCAGAACAUAAGUCUGAAAAUGCGGAGGAAAAGGUAGCACAUUUGACGGAGACAAACUUGGAACUACAUGAAGAGUUGGAUUUUCACAAGAGUAGUAAUGAGAGUAAUGCUAAAAAGGUCAGCAUUCUCGAGAAGCAGGUCAGGGAACUAGAAAUUCAGCUACAAAAUGCUAAGGCAUCAUCUGAAGCAAGUCAAGAACAACAGAAUAUGCUUUAUUCUGCCAUUUGGGAUAUGGAAACUUUAAUCGAUGAACUAAAACAAAAGGUCUUAAAAGCUGAAAGCAAGACUGAGCAUGCGGAGGAACAAACUUAA